UGGCCGCGGGCGGGGCUCCUCUCCGGCGGGUGCCGGAGUCUGGGGGCCGCGGCUUCCCCCUCCCCGCCCGCCGAGGCGCUGGCCCCUCCUUCCCCCGCCGCCCCCGUGCCCGCCGCUGCUGCCGCUGUCAAAGAUAAAACCGGGCCAUUGCCUGCAGGAGCCCUGGCAGCAGGCGAUCGAGCGGUGAGGAGCCUCGGGCGCGGCCUCGCCUCCCCGGCCCCGCUCCCGCGUCAGCACCGUGGACAGCGCAGACCCCCUCUCAGGGACCCCUCGGCUCGCAGGAACACUCUACGGGUUUCGGCGAUCUCAUCAGUACCGCGGACAGCGCCCAGGCCCCCGCUGGCCUUGACCGCUCUUCAAAUCAGCACCGCGGACAGCCCCCCUGGACCAGCCCAGCAGCAGCCAAGGACUGGUCAGAACGCCCGGAAGAUGGCCACUGAGGUCCACAACCUUCAGGAGCUCAGGCGAAGCGCUUCACUGGCCACCAAGGUCUUUAUCCAGAGAGACUACAGUGAUGGCACCAUUUGUCAGUUCCAGACCAAAUUCCCACCAGAGCUGGAUAGCCGGAUUGAGCGGCAGCUCUUCGAGGAGACUGUGAAGACCCUCAAUGGUUUUUAUGCGGAGGCCGAGAAGAUCGGGGGCAGCUCCUACCUGGAGGGCUGCUUGGCCUGCGCCACGGCCUACUUCAUCUUCCUCUGCAUGGAGACCCACUAUGAGAAGGUUCUCAAGAAGAUUUCCCGUUACAUCCAGGAGCAGAAUGAGAAGGUCUUUGCUCCCCGAGGGCUCCUGCUCACGGAUCCCGUGGAACGCGGAAUGAGGGUUAUCGAGAUCUCCAUCUAUGAGGACCGGUGCAGCAGUGGUAGCUCCAGCAGCGGCAGCAGCAGCGGCAGCGGCAGCAGCAGCGCUGGCGGGGGAGGGGCGGGGGCCCGGUGACUGGCCGAGAGUCCCUGCAGGGAGGUGUACGGCCGGAGCGAGGGGCUGGCAGAUCUGCGGAGGCUGCGCUACCAGAGCACCCGCUUCUGAGUCUUUCUCUGGGCCCACCCUGCGGUGAAGGGAGGGUGACUGCCCGCUGUUCCGUGGUCCCCAGCCCUUUGCCCCUUGGCAGGAUCUUCUUUCUGACCCCGGACCUUUUUUUUUUUUUUUUUUUUUUUUUCCCUCUCCCAUGAGGCUGAUCUGGGUCAUUACAGCCAGACCUUCCUAGGGAGUCUGGGGGGGGGUGGGGGACCCAGCUUGGACAAACCCUCUCUUUCCUGCCUCCUUCCUCACUAUUAGGAAGGUCUGGAGAAUUCCCACCCUGCAUGAGUCUUCACCCUCAAAGCCCAUGUCUACCUGGACUGUGCUCCCUGGGGCUCUUUCUAAGGCCCAACGCUACCAUGGGCUCCUGCUUGUCAAUGGUCCCACCUCCUCAUUGGAGAUUUGGGGAGACAGGUGUCCUGGGAGCUAAUCAGCUGCUCCAAAGGCAGUGGCUUUCCUGUCCUUCCCUCAGGGCCGAAAGUUCUCUCAGCCUUGCCAAGAAGCACCCAACUCUGAGACUUCGUACCCCACCAGAAACUGCUUAUAGGGGUUCAGCCUAGGACUCUGAUGGGGUCCACUAGGGUAUGGUAAAACUCUUUGGAUGAAUGAGCUGGACAGAGCUUGAACUCCUGAACUGGAGCCAAUUCCUGAUCGUGUGCAUACAUGUGGAGUGUGCUGUGUGCACAAAUGUAUGUAUGUAUGUAUGUAUGUAUGUAUGUAUGUAUGUAUGUAUGUUUAUGGGUGAGUAAGCAUGUACGUAUGUGAGCAUACAUUUGUAUGAAUGUGAGUACCUGUACAGGUGUAUGUGUGCAUGUGCACACGUAUAUGAACCUAUGUUUAUCUGAGUGAAUGAGGGAGAAUGUUAGGUGCAUGUGUACAACACAUGCAUGCAAACUAUGUAUGCUUAUGCACAAGUGCACUGUGUGAAUAUGCAUGUCUAUGUGUAAGCAUGCGUGUGUGUGUGUGUGUGUGUGUGUGUGUGUGUGUGUGUGUGUGUGUAUAAAAAGAGAGAGAUUCCAUUGUGUGUUCUCUUUGGCUGCUGGGCUAAUGACUACCAAGUCCUGCCCUGUCCUGUCCCACACUGGUCUGUAGAGCCUCCCUGUGAGUCCCUCCUAACUGACCCUCUCUGUAAAUCAAUGUCCUAAAGCUGGGCUGUCAGCUUGGCUCUUCCUCCUGGCCUUUCUCCCACCUCUGGCUCUACUGUACACAUUUUCAUGGAGGAACAGUUGGGGUCCUAGGAGAACAGAGCCAACAUUUAGGUGGUCUUGGUGCCCCUCUUCCAGCCCCCAUGGCACAGUGGGGCCACAGAUGCUGCAUAUUUAGCCUGCCCAGGUGUCAGGACCCUGAAGCCCUUGCAGAUGAGGCUUCUCUGGACAUUCAAGGCAAAUGUGCCUUGCAAGGAAAAGCUAAUGGUGCUGUGGCUCUCGAGGGGAGCCAGUCGAAGGGCAGGCAUCCUGGGGCCUGAAGAUGGACAGAAAGGGGCUGCCUACCUCAGCGGGCAGGAGGUGCUAGAACUAGACAGGAAACACCAGCCACCAUAAGCAGCUUUCUGGAGCGGAAAGGGCCUGUUUCUCUAGAGGCCAGCGCCCGCACAUGUAACAGCAGGAGACCAUGCUGAGAGAUAGAGAGGGCCGGCCAAGCCCCUGAAGCCCCAGGGAGCCUGAGCCCUUUGAGCCCUGGUGCCAUGAAUCCCUUCUUUCCGAGCUGCAGCCCCCGAUUCCUUGCAGAAGCCUGUGCCCUCUGUAGCCUGCUGUGUGGCCAGGCAUCGUGUCUGACUUUGCACAGCCUGUUGGGGAAGGUUGGGAAGAGGCAAGAUGGAGACCUUUUGUUUUAUUCUUUUCCCAAUAAAAGGACUCGCCAGCUUGAGGCUCCA